AUGGGAGACACCAGCGCUGCCCGAAAGGUGCACCCGCUGGAUCCGCUCCGGCCAGAAGAGAUCAGCCAGGCAGCUGAAGUUGUCCGUAGGUCGAAUGAACAUGCCCGGAUUUUCUUCAGGGCCAUCUCCCUGGCGGAGCCUCCCAAGCGAGUACUGAAAGAUUUCCUCGACAACGAGCAUGCCGGCAACACCACGUUGGUGCAUCCGGCGCGGCAAGCCCGGGUCCAGGCGUACAUUGACGAGACCUUGCAUGAGCUCGUUGUGGACUUGGACUCGGCGACAGUCGCAUCCGAUGACCUCCUCCGUGGGAAGCACUCGUACAUCGACACUGAGUUCAUGGCCCAGGUUGCAGCGGCAUGUCUUGCGGACCAAAAGGUUCAGAAGGAGAUUCAAACCCUGAAGCUUCCAGAGGGGGCAACGGUGGUGGUUGAGCCGUGGGCCUAUGCAACAGACGGCAUGAAGGACAUGAGUGAACGAUGGACUAUGGCCUGGUUCUACAUGCGUCUCUCCGACAACCCCGAUGCGAACUACUACGCCUAUCCACUGGACAUUUGUGCCGAGGUCUCCAACUCUCUCGAGGUCGUCGAGAUUUAUCGCCUGCCGUCCGGAGAGCACGAUGCCAUUCACAGCGUGGCGAAGGAGUUCGACCGGCAGAAGAUCCAUUCCAACAGCGAGUAUCAUCCCGAUCUGGUCCCGGAACGAAGGACGACGACGAAGCCCUACCAUGUCUCCCAGCCCGAGGGCCCGUCGUUCAGCGUCGACGGCAACCACAUCUCCUGGGAGAAGUGGACCAUGAGGCUCGGCUUCAACUACAGGGAGGGCAUGACGCUGCACGACGUUCGCUUCGAGGGCCGAGGCCUGUUCUAUCGCCUGUCCCUGGCCGAGAUGUUCGUGCCAUACGGCGACCCCCGGCGCCCCUACCCACGCAAGGCCGCCUUCGACCUCGGCAACGACGGCGCCGGCGUCAACGCCAACAACCUCCAGCUGGGCUGCGACUGCCUCGGCCACAUCAAGUACUUUGACGGGUGGCUGAGCACGUCCGCCGGCGAGCCGCUGAGGAUGCCCAACGUCGUCUGCUGCCACGAGGUCGACGACGGCAUCCUGUGGAAGCACACCAACUUCCGCACGGGCAACGCCGUCGUCGCGAGGUCGAGGGUUCUCGUGCUGCAGACCAUCAUCACCGUCAGCAACUACGAGUACAUCUUCCUCUUCCUCUUCCAGCAGGACGGCUCCGUCUCCUACGAGGUCCGCGCCACGGGCAUCAUGUCGACGGCGCCCAUCGACCUCGGCACCACGGUCCCGUGGGCCACCGUCGUGGCCCCCGGCGUCGCGGCGCCGUACCACCAGCACAUCUUCUGCCUGCGAAUCGACCCGGCCAUCGACGGACACCGGAACUCCCUGGUCGUCGAGGAGUCGCAUCCGAUCCCGUUCGCCGGAGAAUCGGACGCGUAUAACCCCUUUGGCGUGGGCUACACCACCAAGUCGCAAACGGUGGAGAGGGAGGCCGGACUCGAUCUGGACUUCGCCACCAACCGGACGUUCAAGAUCGUCAACGAAGGCGUCGUCAACCCGACAACGGGUACCCCGGUAGGCUUUAAGCUCCUGCCGUGCUACAGCCAGCUUCUCCUGGCCCAUCCCGACAGCUGGCACGGCAAACGCGCAGAGUACGCAGCGCACGCCGUUUGGGUGACGCGCCACCGGGACGAAGAGCUCUUCCCGGCCGGACGGUUCACCAUGCAGUCGACCGGCGGGGAGGGGAUCGCGUCCUGGAUCCGGCGGCGCGCGGGUGAUGAUGAUGAUGGGCUGUCUCUGGUGCGGGACCAAGACAUCGUGGUCUGGCACACCUUCGGCUCGACUCACAACCCGCGGGCCGAGGACUGGCCCGUCAUGCCGUGCGAGAAGAUGGUGGUGGGGCUGAAGCCGGCCAACUUCUUCCGGGGCAACCCUGCCCUCGAUGUACCGAUUUCGUCGCAGGAUGGGAACCGUAGUGUGUUGGUGCAGGACGGAUAA